AUGCCUCUAAAAGCACCCAACAGCCUGCGCAGCCUACGCACCCUACGCCUCCGAAACCUCCCCAUCUCCCGCACACCACUACCAUGCACAGCGCGAUACAGCUCACACUCACCAAUGGGCUCGGCAACAGCCAGCACGCGCAAGAACGUCACCAUCCAGACCCUGCAAGCCCUCUACAGGAAAAACGAGCCGAUAACUAUGCUAACGGCCUACGACUUUCCCAGCGCACAUGUGGCCGAUAGCGCGGGAAUGGAGGUCGUGCUUGUAGGCGAUAGUCUGGCGAUGGUGGGUAUGGGGAUGGAGGAUACGAAUGCUGUGACGUUGGAUGAGAUGCUACUACAUUGUCGGAGUGUUAGUCGGGGUGUUAAGAGUGCUUUUACAAUCGCAGACCUCCCAAUGGGCAGCUACGAAACCUCGCCAGAACAAGCCCUAACGAGCGCAAUCCGCAUGAUAAAAGAAGGUAACAUGAAGGGAAUCAAACUAGAAGGCGGAGCGGAAAUGGCAUCCACAAUCUCCAAGAUCACCACGGCCGGCAUCCCCGUCGUAGCGCAUAUAGGUCUAACACCGCAACGGCAACACUCACUCGGCGGAUUCCGCGUACAAGGCAAGUCGACCUCCGCCGCUGUGAAACUGCUUCGCGACGCGCUGGCGGUCCAGAAGGCCGGGGCGUGCAUGGUUCUUAUUGAGGCUGUGCCGGCGCCGAUUGCGGCGCUGGUGACGCAGAAGUUGAGUGUGCCGACUAUUGGGAUUGGGUCCGGGAAUGGGUGUUCGGGUCAGGUGCUGGUGCAGGUUGAUAUGUUGGGGAAUUUUCCCGAGGGGAGGUUUUUGCCCAAGUUUGUGAAGAGGUAUGCGGAUGUUUGGGGGGAGGCGAGGAGGGGGGUGGAGGCUUAUCGGGAGGAGGUUAAGGGGAGGGUUUUUCCUUCUAGUGAGUUUUGUUAUGGGGUUGAUGAGGAGGUUGUGAGGGAGUUUGAGGGAGUUGUUGAUGAGGUUGUUGGGGAGGAUAUUGAUUAG